UCAAUUACUAACCAAUAUCAAGAAAUUGAGCCACCAAUUGAGAUAAUUAGCAGUGAUGAAGGGAGCAAACAAUAUCUAGAUGAAGGUGAAGAAACAUCGGCUAAUAAAUAUGAUUCUCUUGGGGAUUUGAAUACUAAGAAAACCUUAUAUACCUCAACAGUGCUUCCUUCAAGACCUAUCGUUAAGAAUUUGAUGGGCAAAACAUCAGAUGCAGAAACAACAACUUCAACAUGUCAACUACAAAUUUUGAAUUUAGCUAUUAGUAUUCGAGAUGCAAUGUCAGAUCAAAUAUCAAAUAAUGGUAAUAAUAAUAAAUUAUCAUCAAAUACUCAUCUGUAUAAUUCCAAGCCGGCUCAACAAGAAAUUAAUCAG